AUGACUUGCCCAGCUAGAUUUGUUGCAGACUUCCUACAUCCUUGGUGGCGUUAUCUUGAUCUUCGUUGCUGGAACGACCUUCCCUCGGGUUGCCUAAAUCCUUUGUGUACUAUCGCUGUACAAAGAGGAUAUGUCGAAAUACUGACAAAAUUGAAGUUGGCAACGAUCCGUUUGGAAUACGGAGAUCCCCUGCACGAUCUACCGCAAAGCCAGGGCAGAUCGGAUCAUUGCCCUGCCUUGUCCCUUGCUGUCCUUGAACUUGGCCUAGCGGUCAGAUGCACUUGCAUUCCACGCUGCACCAUCUGCAAUUCCUAUCUUCAUAUAUUAGCAAUACCGUCCUGUGUCUCCAUGGAGUGUCGAAGUUCUUGUCUAAGUCUGAAACGAAAAAAAAGUCCAUUUUAG